UGCUUGUCAACAAGAUGGCCUUCCUCCUCCUGCCGUUCUGACACUGAUUAUUUUGGUAUCCCCGAGAACAUACCGUAAAAGCCUGUGUCACUUCUAAAUAGAUAGUGGGAGAGCGACUGCUGAUAGUCCUAACAAGGCGCACAGUCAACCCGGCUGUGUUCAAGGAAGUGACAGCCACACAAGCCUCGACAGCAGCCGCCACUAAGACAAGGUUGAUAAUAGAAAGUAGCUGUUGGCUAAUGUCGACGUGAGCUAGCUUAGCUACGUGGACACGGAUAGUUAACUCGUGUCACCUGCAUUUCACCAGACAGACUGGUUUGUUUAGAGCGAAAUACAGCGAGGAAACUCUUGUCAUCGAAAAUCACGAAGGUUGUCUGUGGAGAUUCACACCGUUAAGGUUGAAUGCCCAGAGUUCUCUGUGAGCUCGGUGAUCGUGCCCAUCGAGUCGGCACUGGGACAAGGAGCCGACGAUGAGAGCUCUCGGUGUUUGCUGGCCAGUAUAGAUGCCGAUAUGCCACGGUGGUCCGCCUCCUGAUGGACCGAGACACCUUCUCCCACAUCCGGCUGUGGUGCCCACGCCCCUUCGGCACCUACUCCCAGAACAAGGCUAGGAGCCCAGGCUCGGGGGGCAGCGGUGGAGGUGGAGGUGGAGGCGGUGGCGGCGGGGCAGGGUCCCCCUCCCUCUGUAAAGCCGAGCCGUCUCCAGGUGCCAGAAGGACGGCGGAUGGAAGCGAAGAUGUAGGGAUGAUAGUGGGGGUACAGGAAGAGAAUGGAGAAGAGGAGGAUGUGGGUUCAGAGAACACUCCACCUGAACCUGAGCUUGACUCCAGCUCUCUGACACAGAGCCAAGCCCCUCAACCCCCUCCAGCCCCUCCUUCACCACCCUCCUCCGGGUCCCAGAUGGAAGAUGGCCGCGUGCUGUUAGACACCUGGUAUGUUAUUAAGCCAGGAAACACCAAGGAGAAGAUUGCCUUCUUUGUUGCUCACCAGUUCAGUGGAGCUGGCCAGCCCAGACCCAGCGCCAUGAAGGUUAAAGGUAACUGGGCAACUGACUGUAGUAAAGCCAAAAGACGGAGACGAUGCUCAUCCUACGACCCUCCAGCUCGCUCCCAAGCCUCAGAGUCACCCCUCAGCCAUGACUCCUCUGUUGCACCUCCGAGUCCUGAUGAGCCACAACUAGGAGGAGUGAAUGAAACAGACCUGCUUUCUGUGGCAGAGAUGGUUGCCUUGGUUGAGCAGAGGACAGCCAUGGCCCUUCAGGGGAUUGUGGCUGUUCAUGGGAGCCAACACCACCACCACCAGUCCACCACCACCACCACCACCACUCACAGUCAGGGCCUUACCCCCCACCAGCACACCCUACUCCGGGGCACAGUGUCAGACCCCUCUCCUAUGGUGUUUGUGUCAGAUAGUUCAAAUGGUCAGCCUUCCGAAGAGGCAGAGGAAUCAUCGUCUCCCAUCCAGACAGACCAGGAGCUGGAGGAGCAGCAGGAGUCAUGCAGGGUAGCCCAGGCCAUCGCACACUUUGAGUCCCAGAACCUGGAGAAUCGGCUCCAUCUGGGCACUGGUUCUGGAGUAGACUGUUCUAAUCGAGACAGAGAAAGUGAGUGUAGGCGAGGAGGCGAGUCUGGCACUGUAACACCCCCUCCACCCCCCAGUCACAGUCACGGUGAGGUUCGGAUUGCUUUCCGAGUGUCAAAUCUGGAUCCGCGGUCUCAGUUGGAGCCAGCCAGCAGGUCCCGCUGUAUGUUUAUGAGCUGUGGUGGUGGAAGCAACCAGGCAGCGGCCAGGGCCAAAGAGAAAAUCACCUGUGACCUCUACCAGCUCGUCAGUCCUUCAUCAAGAGACCCUAGUAGUCUGCUGCUUGCUGCCACAACUGCAGCCCCCAAAACAGAUGGAGACCUUCAUCACCCAGACAGGCCGGCCUGUGGCAGCCCAGACCCAACCCAGGAGCUCUCCACUGGGGAGAAGAAAGCCGUGGGUGUGGGAAGGGAGAGAGUGACUGGUUUCCAUGUGGAGGUGGUGGUGACAGGUGCUGUGGACCAAUGUGUGUUUUAUGGCAAGGACAGUACAGAGAAUGUGCAGGAGGAGACGGUGUGUUUCGCGAUGCCUAGUGGGGGAGGGGGUGGUGGAGGCGUAGGAAGCUCUACUGACCCUUCAUCAGAUGAUCCCCCUCCUGGACAGCUCUUUUUCCUUCAGCCCCCUCGGGGCCCAGAGGAGGAUGUUAAAGGAACGAGCACUGGCAGUGGGUCAGGAAUGUGCUCUUUGGACUGUGCCAACAAUAACAGUCCUGGGUCAGGGGUGGCAGUGGGCUCAGGGGAGCGGGUAACACGACCAGACUCUCCUAGCGUUGGCGAAGACUGUUCAGACCCUUCACUGUGUCGCCUCUACCGCCACGUGUCCCAUGACUUCCUGGAGAUCCGCUUUCAGAUUCAGCGACUCCUCGAACCACGUCAGUACAUGCUACUGCUCCCCGACCACAUCAUGGUCAACAUCUUCAGCUACCUGCCAACACGCUCCCUGGCAGCUCUCAAGUGCACCUGCCACUACUUCAAGGUGUUGAUCGAGACAUAUGGGGUGCGGGCAGUGGAUUCACGCUGGAAUCAAGACCCUCUGUACAGGGAUGACCCCUGCAAGCAGUGUAAGCGACAGUAUGAGCGCGGGGACGUUUCUUUGUGCCGUUGGCACCCCAAACCUUACCACCAUGACCUGCCUUAUGGACGUUCCUACUGGAUGUGCUGCCGGCGUACAGACAAGGACACACCAGGAUGCCGUGUUGGGCUCCAUGAUAACAACUGGGUCCAGCAGCCUGCUGAUGGCUCUCAACCCAUCCGCACAAAGAGGGAGGAAAGGAGGGAGGAGGCCAGGUAGAGAGGCAAGAGCACACCUCACAAACCAACUCUCAUCUCAUUGUGUGUACCUCCUUCUUUCUCCCUCUCCUCUUUGAUCAGAGGACAAACGGGAACAGAGAGUAGUACGUGGAGGAAUCAGCACUCCAGGACUGUUUUGUUUUUUAUUUGCUCCAACACUCCUGUCUCAUAUUUGUCCUCAGUGGAGGGAGGUUGAGAGGUAAAGAAGGAAGAGAGGUGUGUCACUCUCCUUGCCUUUUUUUUUUUUCCCAAGCCCUCCAGAAUCCCUAUCUCCCCCGCUGUGCUCCAGAGUGGCUACUUUUAAAAGUUUGCAUACCAGGGUUGGGGUCCCCUCCUGCUGCUGUCAGUCAGCCCUUUUUCUGCCUCUUAAUCAUUUGGGUUUCUGUCUAACUCUGCACAUUGUUGUUAGGUAAUUCAUGUGAAAACUUUGCAGUGUAUUUUAUUGAGAUUAGCAUUCAUAAAGUGACGCAUAGAAAUGUAAUGCCCUAGAGCCUGCUUACUAUUCCCAAUACUUGUUCUCUGUUCUGUGUUGUGUCACAAACUUCCAUGUUAGCUGUACAAUGGUGCUUCAAGGAAUGAGCUGUACUGAGUCCAACAAAUGUAAAACUUUUCAGUGGUGGAAUGUUCAGCGUUGCUAUAGAAAUGUGAUUGUAUUAAGCAAACUUGAUUUUCCGUUGUACAAGAUUGCCAUUUGUACCUGUCCUGCACCAUGACUUUCUAUUUUUCUGAAUGUGCUGUAAUGUUGUACUAUGUUGAUCAGUCCCCUGAUAAUGCUGCUGAAAUCAUUGCCUGUGUCACUGAUGUUAAUUCUGAAAUAGCCAUACCUUUGGUUAAUGACAGGCAAGUCUCUGCAUACUCAGUCUCACUGAGACCUGUUGAGAUAUGAGACCCUUGUCAUUGUUUCAGAGUGGACCCUAACCUUGCUGACCAGCCAUAAAGAGGAGCCACUGGUUUACAGAGAAUGAUGGGAGAAGGACUUGAUUAAGAUCAGGGGGAUUGAAUGGGAUUUAAAAGAGAAACUUGAUGUCACUUUGGAAAGGCCUGAUGUCACUUUGUAUGGUUUGAUUGACUUGCUUGUUUGCCAUUUUGUUUUUUGUUUUGUUUUUUUGUUUGGCUGUUUUAUUGGGGUGUGUGUCAGAGAGUGUUUGCUGUUUUUGCUUUUAUUCUUGAGGACUGUGUUCUCCCUGUAUCAGUCUGUCAACCUACUCAACCUGCAAAGAUGUAUUUUUUAAAUACUCCGUCUUUGUUUUAGCCCCUAGCUCUCUUCCUCUCCUCCACCCCUCCGUCCUCCGGUUCGGCAGAGGGCAGCGUUUGCCAAAGCCGUCAUUCAUGCUUUGAAGCGGGUGAAACCAACUACCACAGACCGCAGAAACUCUCUACACCAGCUUCCAGCCUUAAACGCCCCCUACCUCUUACCCACCCUGCAGGAGUCUGAGGCGUCGGAUACCUCACAGAUGAUCAAGAGUAUUGGGAGUUGCACAGGACCCUGUAAGCGGCUAAAUUUCAGAUGCUCGACAGACUCCAUACAGCUCUACUGGAUCCACCCAAAACUCUUAUUGUGGGAGUGUAAGAUGAACAGUGCCUGGUGAUGGCUCUGACUCUUCAUUCUUGGAAGAAGAAGAAAAAAAGAUCCUCUUUCUCCCUCUCCUCCCCCUCUCCCUUGCUUUUACACUCCCAGACCCCUGCAAGCUGACAGACUGGACAAUGAAGAACUGAUGUGAUGAAUGAUGCUGAAACUCUGCAUGGAGAUGGGAAGAUGGUUGGGUAGUCUUGGGAGACCUCUGUAGGUUCCAGAUGUGUAAAAUGCUAAUGGUAAAUAUCUGCUUAAAUAAAAACAAGUGAUGAUUAAAACUGGAAAUCUGAA